CAUACGAGUCAUACCAAGCAUAGCCUGCAUGUCAGUGCAGUUAACUUGCAGCGGGCUGUGAGGAGAACUGUCUCGUCUCUUGUCACGAAACAAAUAUUUGUCUCUUCUUUUCAGAAGACCUACUAAAGACAGUUUAUUUCAACAGUUCACCAACACCGCGGAAAACGCACUGAAAUACCAAGUCUUCAAUCCUUGAAGGGUUUAAGUUUUUUUGCUUUCUUUUUGUUUUGUAAAAAAAAAAAAAAAAAAAAGUUGAAGGCUGGGCCUUUAGCUUAUAAGAGAACUGAUAUCCGUACGCUCUGUCUCGAGCUUUGGGUGGAAGCAAACAAGCUGGUCUUUUUGCUAGCCCAAUAAAUGCAUUUUACGACAAUGGACCUGUUGAAUUUUCAGUACCUGGACAAAAUGAACAACAACAUUGGCAUUCUGCGCUAUGACGGUGAAGCAGCGUUAAGAGGUGAACCCAGAAUGCAGUCCAUCCCAAUGUCCUCUGCUAUCAGCAACCAUCGGACAGGCCCACCUCCCAUCAGCCCAAACAAGAGAAAGUACAACGGGGACCAAGGAGAGGAUGACGUGGACUGUGACAAUGAGCAUGUGUCCAAAAUGAGCAGAUUGUUUGCUGCACAACUACAGCCUGCCAAGUUUCAGAGGCCCAAGGCUUUCUUGUGGGAGGACGCUGGGCUGUCUUCAUGCUUCUUGGCAAUGAUUAAAGUGAGAGGAAAGCCUUCCAACGGGGAUUACCGCAAGGAUCACGGAGAUCAAAGCCGCAGCCCAGUUGAGAGAGUUGCAGCGCCCACCAUGAGCAUCCAUCCCAAUCACAUGUAUGCACCCACCAUCCCCAGUCUGGCUAUGGAUCAACCGUUAGCACUGACCAAAAACAGCAUGGACGCAGCCAGGACAGUCGGCAUCUCGCCAACUGUGAGCCCCAUUGAACGGCAGCAGAAUCGUCCAUCUGUAAUAACAUGUGCCUCAGCAAGCAAUCGAAACUGCAACCUUUCUCACUGUCCCAUUACCCACAGUGGCUGUGUCUCGGCCACAGCUUCCAGUUACAGGAGACCCUCCAACACUAACACUGCAUGUGACCCAGUGAUUGAGGAGCACUUCCGUCGGAGCCUUGGGAAGAACUACAAGGAGCCAGAACCGGUCACAAAGUCUGUUUCUAUUACCGGGUCUGUAGACGACCACUUCGCCAAAGCUCUGGGUGAAACAUGGCUUCAGAUCAAGGCUGCCAAGGAUGGUGUGUCAAGCAGCCCUGAGUCUUCUUCUAGGAGGGGCCAGUCCCCCCCUUCCUCCCACAUGGUCAACCACAAUCACUCCCCUUCGGUAGUCUCAUGAAGAGUGGACAACAAACCCUUCAGCAGAGAAGAGUGACAUGCAUGGUUUGGCUGAGCUUCGUACUGUGCUUGAAAAAAAAAAAAAAAAAAAAAAAGGGAGGGGGGAGGAUCUUUUUUUAAAACAUGCUCGCUUACAUUGCUUGGCAUUGCGGAAAUAAAAGGGUGCCCACAAUAAUGAAAAAAAA